CACUGAAAAAGUACGGUGGUUGGAGGCGGUGAUGAUAAACACCCAGAAGAACAAAGAGAACAGGAGAGGACAAGAAAACAAGUGAGAGAAUGGAAAGAAAAUGAAUUCAUGUAAUUGCAAUAAAGGCAAGGAGAAAAAGGCAGAUGAAAAAAUUGUUUUAAAACAAAUAACAUUCCAGUGGAUGGGAAGAACUCUACAACUUCAGUUCAUUCUAGCAACCAAAUAUAAGGUGAGAAAACUGAGAUUCAGAGAAGGAAGGUAACUUCCCCAAGGAUCCACAGCUGGUAAGCAUAAAUCAACAAGUAUGCUGCAUAAGAAAAUGUUCACCUGGAGAGUGAGAUAUCAGUGUUGACUUCUAAUUUCUGGUGGUGGCACUCCUUGAGGUCUUCUCUCUUGGAUUUGAUGCACGUACACUCUGACCAUUUUGUUUGCGUGGAAAGUUGAAAGAAAGCAACACACUAGCUACACGCAUCCAGCGCUCCUUGGGGUAGAAGAGCAAAGUUCUAGGGCAGAGCCUGCCGUGCCAGAGCCGGCGAUGCGUUCGCUCUCCGGUACCUGCUCAGCUUCACGCCGCGUCUGAAGGUCUGCCCCUCGCGGAACAGUUGCGUCUCCAUCUGGCUGCCAACCCACCCAAGCCUUCUCUCCUCCACAACCACCACCUUCCCUCCUUCCCCCCUCCUUUCCGUCUUCCCUCUCCACCCCGCCCCCAAUCUCCUCCUCUUUUUCUCACUACAAGCGGUUGCUGAUGCUGAAGCUGAGCGUCACUUCGGCUCCCACGGCAGACAUGGCGACACUGACAGUGGUCCAGCCGCUCACUCUGGACAGAGAUGUUGCCAGAGCAAUUGAAUUACUGGAAAAACUGCAGGAAUCUGGAGAAGUACCAGUGCACAAGCUACAGUCCCUCAAAAAAGUGCUCCAGAGUGAGUUUUGUACUGCUAUUCGAGAGGUGUAUCAAUAUAUGCAUGAAACGAUAACUGUUAACGGCUGUCCCGAAUUCCGUGCCAGGGCCACAGCAAAGGCAACCGUUGCAGCUUUUGCAGCUAGUGAAGGCCACUCCCACCCUCGGGUAGUCGAGCUGCCAAAAACGGAUGAAGGCCUUGGUUUUAAUGUGAUGGGAGGCAAGGAGCAAAAUUCCCCCAUUUAUAUCUCUCGCAUCAUUCCUGGAGGGGUGGCUGAAAGACACGGAGGCCUCAAGCGAGGAGACCAGCUACUAUCAGUGAAUGGAGUGAGUGUGGAAGGAGAACACCAUGAGAAAGCUGUGGAACUACUUAAGGCUGCUAAGGACAGCGUCAAGCUGGUGGUCCGAUACACCCCGAAAGUCUUGGAAGAAAUGGAGGCUCGCUUUGAAAAGCUACGGACAGCCCGGCGUCGGCAGCAGCAACAAUUGCUAAUUCAACAACAGCAACAGCAGCGGCAGCAACAAACACAGCAAAACCACAUGUCAUAGAAUUAUUUAUUGUAUUCCACUGCCUUGGCUGAGAGACAAAGAAAGAAAGAGAAGACCGUCACUGAGGGACAUCUUGAGACUACCUGUGGCCAGAGUGAUGGAUGAGGCCCAUCCUUGGCCAAAGGGAAGCCAUUUAGCAGAAUCUGGGCAUCACGUCCCUCUGCACCAUGGUUCCUGAUGCUUGGUUUCCCUCUUUCGUUCCUGUUAACCUAGACGUCUCAACUUUACCUUUCAGAUAAUUGGCUGAAUAUGUUGUCCUCAUAUCAAUAAUCUAUGUAAAACCAGCAAGCUAUGAGAUGAACAGCACACAGCAAACAACACAACAAAGUGAUCUCUUCUUAGCACCGUAUCCUCAAAAUGUCAUCUCUCUAAGACAUAUGAGCUAAUCCACUUGUACUAUGUUUCUUAUCUUCCAUCAGUGAAUAUACCGGGUCACCAUUUAGCUGUGAUAAUACGUAGUUUCUGAAUGCUAUAACCUAAAGGAAGUUAAGUUGAUGGCAUCAAAACAUUUACUGUGGUGGUGUCAGGGUGUGAUCAGCUCACCUAUCAAAUGCAGAAACACCUGACACAAUUUCAAAACCACAAGUCUAGUCAGCUGAUCUUAAAAAUGACUGAUUACGUAAAAUUAAUCAAACCAGUGAUGUUAUGGAAUUUAAGCAGACAGCACAGCCAACGAAGUGUAUAGGUUAUUCCCCCAUAAACAUUAAUGGAGCAAACCGUGUGCCGCUUCGUUCCUUCCAGAUCCAAAGUUGCCUUAACUAAGUGGAGGCUGCAGAAACUGGCUCUUUAUACAAUUAAUGUUCCACAACCGGACGAGAAUUUCGAACUGAAAAGGGUGGAACAUUUUCUAUCUUCUUCCAGCCAUAACUAUCACUGAAAUCUAUUGCAUUCAUGAUAUACCGUGGAUAUACUGUGGAUCAGAACAACACACAAAGUUCCACACUCUCAUAGCCUGCCACAAAGGAAGUAGAAAGCUGUGAUUUACUCAGAGAAGUCCUAGGGAAACAAUUUCUCCUAAGGAAAUAUAUUUUUAAAAUCUUCCAUUAUAACUCAUCCAAAAAGAAGCUAUUAAGCAUUGAACACUUUAUCACUAUAAAAUAUUCUUUACCUAUAUUAUUUUACAUAAAUCUUUCAAGGCAGAUAAUAUCACCAUUUUCCAAACAAGGAAACUGAGGUUUAUAGAAAUGAAAUUAUUUUCUCAAGUGGUAGAGCCAAGAUUUGAAUCCAGGUCGAAAUCCUGCAUUUGUAUUGUAAUGGUUGUAAAAUUUGUGCCGGCAGAGCCACGUCUUUACUUAAUCUGGGCUGUGGUUGCCUCAUCUGUAAAGUGGAGCUAACACUGGCACCUAACAGGGUUUCUGAACCUCAGCACUAUUGACUGUGGGUUAGAUAACGCUUUGCUGGAGGGGCUGUCCUACGCGCUGUAGGAUAGGUAGCAGCAUCCCUGGCCUCUGCGCUCACUAGACGCCACUAGCUCAGCCCGCACAAUUGUGACAACCCAACCGAAAAUGGCUCCAGACAUUGCCUAAUGUCCCCUGGAGAGUAAAAUCACUGGUUGAGAACCACUGACCUACAUUAAAGGAUAGCUGUGAAGAGCCCAUCAGUGAAUACAUACAAAGAGCCUCAGAGUAUGUCUGGCCCAGAAUAUUUAACGUUAGAUAGGUUGGUGGUGAAGAAGGAGGAGGAGGGGGAAGAGAAGAAGUAGUAGCCGUAGUAAGGAGAGCAGGAGGGGGAGAGGGAGGAGGAGAAAAGGAAGAAGAAGAAAUAUACUUGCAUCUGACUAAAUUGUAUUGAUGUUUUAUUCAGGCCAGACUGGGUGGAUAUAAUUGAAAACCUCAGAGUUGAUCAGAAAGAAAAUAAAAUUUUAAGAGACAGGUAAGCUUCUAUCUUUUAGGAUUAUUUCAGGAAAAUUUCCAUAAUCCUUUUUUCUUUUUUUAUGAAGCAAAAAUGUUUUACAUAUAAGAUUACAUAUUAAACAGCCAAAUAAAUAUUUGCUUAGUGUAAUGUUCCACACAUCAGCCUAGACCAAAUACCCUAUUGAAGUCUAUAUCCAGAUUUAAAUAGAUGGAACAUCCAUCACUUAAGAGUAUUAUAAAUACUAUUUUUUCCUUAGGAUAAUUAACCUUGAAAUGAUUUUAUCCUUGAGAACAUUCGUCAUGGAUUAAUACAUUUACUAAUGAAUGUUACAGCUGUGAUUAGCAUGUUGAGAUUAUAAAUGAAAUUAAACUACAAAAUAUGUCUUACCUAAAGUCUUAACAGGAUCAGAGUAAUCAGAGUCAGUAAAUUGUCCCAUGACAUUUGUGGCUCUAAAUUUAAAUCUAUGAAAAAAAACACAAUUUACAUACCAUAUCACCUUUUUUUUUUCUAUGAAUAAUUUAACAAAUGGCUGUGAAAAAGACAUUUUUGUUAAAGAGAAAAUUAACUUACAAAGUGUAAACUUGGAAAUCAGUCACCAUCAGGACAAAUAAAUAAUAUCUUUACAUGAAAUUAUCUUGUACAUGGACCUCUUGAACGUCAUGAGUGACCAAAAAUUUGACCAGACUCAUGAAUAGUCAGCACGUUAAUCAAAUGAAGUAGAUCACCUCCUCCAUAGAUUUAUUUGGAUGAAACCACUGAAUGUCUGCACAAGCACACUUUAUAAAUAUAAAGCAUAAUAACUGUUACACCUCAGCCACCUUUGAAAAUGCCAAUAAGCCAGAUUUAGAAUAGUCAUAUAAAACUUAUCCUGUUCAAAUAUAAACAAAUGAAGAACAAUGGUUAAUUCCGAGUGUGCACAGCUGUAUUUUCACUUUCUGUGCUUUCAUGACAUAUGAAAUACAAAAUGGAUGCAGAAGAAAAUCAAUCUUAAAAAUCACUGGAUGAUUCUGUCACCACAGAGGCAACCAAAAUUUACCUUAUUUUAAAACUAUGGGACUUCCCUGGUGGCACAGUGGUUAAGAAUCCACCUGCCAAUGUAUGGGACACGGGUUCAAGCCCCAGUCCAGAAAGAUCCCACAGGCCUUGGACCAACUAAGCCCAUGCACCACAACUACUGAGCCUGUGCUCUAGAGCUCACGAGCCACAACUACUGAGGCUGCAUGCCACAACUACUGAAGUCCGUGCUCCUAGAGUCCAUGCUCCACAACAAGAGAAGCCACCAUGGUGAGAAGCCCGCGCACUGCAACGAAAAGUAGCCCCCGCUCGCCACAACUAGAGAAAGCCCGCAGGCAGCAACGAAGACCCAACGCAGCCAAAAAUAAAUACAUAAAUUUAUCUUAAAAAAGAAAUCCGUACUCUUUAAAAAAACAAAACUAUGAACCUACAAGAAUUUUAAAAUAUAAAACCAAUCUACAUGAAUAAAUUGCACUUCAUAAUUUAA